AUGGCCAACCAUCGAAGCAGCUGCAGUGCUGAGCCCCGCUGCUGCCGACCAAUAUAUAAGGCCCUCUCUUGCCCGGGUCCAUCCUUCCUCCCCAUCUCCUCACCCCCUCCUUCUAUCGCACUGGAGCUUCUCGGCAGCUCGCGGCAAUCCCUCAAAGGACAUGCCAUCCACUUUUGCCCUUUAAUUGCUCUUCCACUUUUCCCACCUCGACACAGACUAGCCCUCUCCCUGUCCACCCAGCCAGCUCGCGCCUGUUCCAUCGCGGUCUCCUCAGCCGCAUAUCAGCUCCAAGGCGCACGCCGCCCAGGACUCCCUGAAGAAAGCGUCUGGCGAGUCAACCAUUUUGCGGAGAACUAUUGUGUCAAGACCCACUCCAAGCUACAGGGGGCGUUCGAUAGCGCGCAAAGAGGACUCCAGCCGUUUGGCCCGUCCGAGACGGGUGUUGGGGUCGUCGGGGAUAUCGGCGAGCAACAUCGGCCGUCGACUGCUGUAUACCAGCGACUGGCCCGUGCAGAUCGCUACCACGAUCGACAGCUCGUGGUGGUCGCCGUGCUCUCGGCAUCGGCGAAACGCGGAUAUUCAUUGUUGCUACGUUUCGCCGAUGCCGAGAGCACGGCGACCAUUGAUCGUGGUUCGGAUCUGCACAGGUCAGUCGCUAGUAUACCGGACCGUGGAGAACAGAAGGAGAUACUGCCCAGCUCCACGACCUACGCACCCAUAUCCUGCCCGGCCAGUCGAGCCCGACCGACGGCGCUCGACGGCCGAUAUGGCUCGCCGAUAUCCCUCUACAGUGACCGAGACCGGAUAACGCUUACACGAGCAGAAGGCCGACGGUGA